GAUCGGACUCGCUUUUUUCGGUAGUUUUGUCUCUAUUUGAGGCUUUUGAUAUGGGCAGAGCUGUGAGAGACGUGACAGGGGUCAAGUGGGUGCCGAGACAUGACGUCUGGCUGGGGAGCACAGCGGACCGUGACCCCCGUGCCAAGCAUGCGGGCCGACCUGUUGAUUGUUCGGAUGUUCGGGGGCCACGGGCGGCCAGAACCUGUGACUGGGGAUUAUUCAGAGAAAGACAUUAUCAGGGACAGAACGAAUGUUCCUGCAUAUAUAUCGCUAGCAGUGGCCUAUCAGGUAUUGUAUUUGCAGAUACUGGAGGGGCUAAGGCUGGCGUAACUUUGAUCUGAUAAUUUCAUGACACGAGAUUGCUGGUCUCAAACCCUAACCCUUUCCCAGUGCCUCGUGACCAAGACGGGUAGCAACAGACAGGCCGCUUCUCCUUGUCACAGAUUCUCGAGUGAAACAACUGACAUUAGCCAUCUCACCGAUGUAUAAGGAUCCCAAUCAACUCAGAGAAGAUCAUAUGUCGUUAACUAGGUUGGUCUGGCUGCUGAAAAGCCAACUACAUAGCGGGGAUCCCCAGUGCCAAGAACCGCGUGCCGCGCCAAACCUGGUGGGGGAGUGGAACUACAGCCUUUUGAGGAAUUCAGCCAGGCCUGACUGACUGUAUUGAUAUCGUAUUCCGUCACCGGACACUUGCUUCCUUGCCUUGGACUUCGAGACAGAAACAACACCACUCAGCAAAGGCAAAAACGAAACACCCUCUCUGGGCGCCCACCGUAGUAGUUGUCAGAGACCUGGAGCAAAUCCCCAUCUUGCCUCUAGAGGCCCUUCCCACCGAGCGUCACCGAUGCCUUCCUUAGCUGACGGGGAUUGUCGCUUCCGAUUUCUGAACCCUUAGCAUCUCGAUCCAUAGUCGACGAAAACGAAUGAUUGCGCCCACGUAAAUCUCUUACUUGUACACAACAACAACACUCGCCCAUCAUGGAUCGCGCGCGCAGACGCGAGCUGCGCGAGCUCAACCAGAGGGUCUGGAAUGGAGAGAAGGAUCUCUUUCCCGUGGGCAAGUCCCUGGACUCGACCAUGAAGAAGAAUACCGCCUUCAUCAAACGUCUCCGUACCGCAAUUAGCCCCGCGACCAUGAACACCUUUCUCCAGGAGAUCAAGACUGUCAGCCUCUCCAAGUAUCUCUCCGAAAUCGUCUCCGCCUGCCACGAAGGCCUUUGCAAACUCAAAUCCCCCGGCGAGAUCGAAGCCGGCGUCGAAAUUGUCAGCGCCCUCCAUCAGCGCUUCGGUCCCGACGAGUUCACCAUGUAUCUGGGCUGGUAUCUUGGCAAGGCUAUGGCUACACCGGACAAGAGCUUCCUCAAAACCCUCUCGGCCGAAGCCAAAGAAAAGGAGGAACGCGACCGUCUGACUCGUCAGCGUGUCCUCCUGCGCGUCGUGACCGAGCUUUGGCUUGUAGGCAUUCUCAAAACCCUCGACGACAUCAAGCGGCCUGACGACGCUGCAAACGGAACCACGGGCAAGACCACUGAGGUCAAGUCCCGAGCAGCUGCCAAGGGAGCUGCUGCCGAACCGUUCCCGCUGGAAGUUCUGAAGGAUCUCCUGGGCCACGACCGUGAACAUGCAAAUUUGCCUCUGCUGGUGAUUUUCGUCAAGGCUUUUAGCUGGGAUAUUUUGGGAGUCAAGUCUGAUAGUCGAAAAACAGUGGGGGAAGAUGGCACCACCAAAGAGGACGAGACAAACGAAGAGCAGGAUGGCACGACGGAGGAAGAUGCUCCCUUCACUUCUCCCGAGCUCCAAGAGCGCUUUAGAAACGUUCUCAGGCGAUAUUUUGAGGACGUCAAGGGCCAUCUUGUUCGGGAUCAAAAGGCCAUUUUCAGCCAGUCUCGCAAGAACGCCGAGGCCUACGUGAAAUCGGGUGAAGUCUUUGAGGACCGUCAGGCGAACUUUGAGAAGCAGGUGAAGGCCCAGGAGCGCCUUGUUGCCAACGCCCAUGUGAUCGCCGAGAUCAUUGGGGCUGAGAUGCCCGAGUUGAAGGAUAGCGAUGACGCCAACGCAAACGCGAACGGCUCGAUCGGCAUAGUAAAGGCGGGAGAGUACCUCCGUGGACAAGGCGAUGGCUCCGGUAUCUGGGAGGACGAGGAGGAACGUCGCUUUUACGAAAACCUGGUUGAUCUCAAGGGCAAGGUUCCCGGCAUGCUUCUCGAAGAGGUCAAGAAAAAGAAGGCCGAGGACGAGCAAGUUGGUAAGAAGAUCGAUCCGGCCGAGGUUGAGGCGAAGCAGGCGGAGGCUGCAGUUGAUGAGCAGUCCAUGGCCAUUGCGAACAAGACCAUUGGUGCUCAGGUUGAUGCUCUUCUUGCUCGACUUCCGGAUCUCACCAGCAAGGAUGCCAUUGACCAAACCGCCAUCGACUUUUGCUUUCUCAACUCCAAGGCUUCUCGGAACAGGCUUAUCAAGGCCCUCACAGAUGUGCCCAAAGGGCGGGGCGAUCUCCUUCCCAGCUGGUCUAGGCUUGUCGCUACCCUUGGCCAAUACAUGCCAGACAUUCCCAAAGGUCUUGUGGACUAUCUUGAUGCCGAGUUCCGCAGCCUCCAACGCCGCAAAGAGAAGGAGUUCUUGGGCCAGGUCAGACUUGGCAAUAUCCGCUAUCUUGCCGAACUGACCAAGUUUGGGAUUGUCCCUGAACACGUCGUUUUCCAUUGCCUCAAGGUCAGUUUGGAUGAUUUCUCUCGAAUGAACAUCGAGAUCAUCUGCAACCUUUUGGAGAACUGCGGCCGAUACCUGCUCCGCAACCCAGAGACGUCGCCUCGCAUGGCCUCCUUCCUGGAGACUCUCCAGCGCAAGAAAUCUGUUCAGCAUAUUGGACAAGCCGAGCGCAUGCUUGUCGAGAACGCCGUGUACUAUGUCGAUCCUCCUCAACGGCCGGCCAUCCAGCAGAAGGAGAGAACCCCCAUCGAGCUCUUUGUCCGGAAGCUGGUCUACACGGAUCUGACCAAGCGCAACUACAGCAAGGUUGUCCGGCAGAUCCGCAGGCUUCACUGGGAAGAAAAGGAGGUUGUGACAAUCCUUCACAAGGUUCUUUCCAAGCCCGGAAAGGUCAAGUACAGCAACAUCCAUCUUCUCGUCGUUAUUCUGAGCGCCAUUCACCGCUAUCACAACGAGUUCGUGAUCAGCGUUAUUGACACCGUCAUCGAAUCUGUUGUGUUUGGGCUUGAGCAGAACAACUUUGAAUUCAACCAGCGCAGAAUUGCCGAAGUCAAAUACCUGGCAGAGAUGUACAACUACAGGAUGCUCGACCAUCCUGUAAUCUUUGAGAUCAUGUACAAGAUCAUGACCUUUGGGCAUGGAGGACCGCCCAUCCCCGGCCGUCUCGUAUCCUUUGACAUGCCAGACGACUUCUUCCGGAUCCGCCUGAUUGCGACAAUCCUGGAGACCUGCGGUGUGUUCUUCAACAAAGGUGCAGCCGGCAAGAAGCUGGAUUAUUUCCUCUCCUUCUUUCAGUACUACAUCUACACCAAGGACCCCCUGCCGAUGGACAUUGAGUUUUUGGUACAUGACAUCUUCUCGCUCACUCGCCCUCAGUGGAAGCUUGCUUCGAACUUGGAGGAAGCCUCGGAAGUCUUCCGGUUGGCCGUCAUUCAAGAUCACAAAACCUCAGGCAUGGACAGGAUUGCCGAGCAGGACGACAGAACUAGUGCUAUGUCGAGCGACGAUGAGGAUGGCAAUGAUCUUCAGGCCGGAGAGCAAGACGAUGAUGACGACGAGGACGCGGCUUCCGAUGAAGGCGAGGCCGAGGAAUCUGAGCAUCACGGCUCCUAUGCCAACAGCGAAUAUGAAGAAGAGGAGGAGAUUGUGGUCACCAGAGAAGAGGAGGAAGUCGACCCUGAAUACGAAGAAGAGUUUGAGCGGGAGUAUGCCAAGAUGAUGGCUGAGAGCUUUGGGGAUGCGCGCAAGUUCGAGCGCAAACCUCAGUUCGAUAUUCCCCUCCCUGUCCGCCCGAAAGCCCGUGAGGCUACAGGAGGCGAGCCCGCCGAGGCGGCCACGACCAACCCAGGCGGCACUAUGGCCUUCUCUUUGCUCACGAAGAAAGGAAACCGUCAACAGACACGGACUGUUGAACUGCCUUCUGAUUCCAACUUUGCCGUGGCUCUGAUCAACCAACGCCAGGCAGCCAAGGAGGAACAGCAGCGCAUCAAGAACCUUGUCCUCAACUACGAUCUCCGCGAGAAUGAGGAAAACGACGGUACUACCACCCUCCGGGACCCCCUUCAACUAUACAGCAAUAUUCACAACCGUGCAGGCAACGAGAAAACCAAUUCGUAUCACCACCACAACCGCAUCGACAACAGAGCCGCCAAGGAGCGCGGUGGACAGCGCGUCCGCAAGCUCCAACUCAGCGACGUCGACUGGACAUGAUUCUUGCGGCGAAAGACUGAUUUGGGCGUCUUUGUUCAAAACGCUCAUUUUUUUAUCAGACAUUCUUUAUUACUUGAGAGCAAACGGACGACCCUGACGACGUGCUCUUUUACCGACACCACUUGCCGGUCCCCCGAUGGGAGGAUCUACUGAGGUAGGUAUGGGGUUGAGAAAGCUGACGGAGGGAAUCGUGGAGGUUCGACAAAGAAAGGUUGUUGACCCGAUUGCAGACGAGUAACUAUCGCCGAUUUAAGGGG